AUGAUUUAUUACAAGACACUACAAGUUGGAUGUAGUCACGAUAUCUGCGAAAAGACCACCAAUAAAGUUGCUAUUGCAUGCGUUUAUAGCGAGAUGCCAAAAGUUGGAGAACCUCUUUAUCUUGAAAACAGUACGAAAGUUGGUUGCACUAGAAAGUGGUGCAAGGAAAUAGUGUCGAAUGCUGAUUGUGACAAAUACGAUGCUGCAGUAGCCGAUGCAGAUCAAAGCCCUACAGCAGGUCUGUGCUGUACAGAUGCAGAAACAAUAGAUGAAACUACUACCAGCGCCAAGGUCACUAGCACACCAGCUCCGACAACAACAGAAGCUGCCACAACAACACCAGCUGCAACAACAACAACGCCAGCUGCAGCGACAACAACACCAGCUGCAGCUUCAACGACCCCAGCUCAAGCGUCAUCGUCUUCGGCGGCAGGUCAAGCAACCACAACCCCAGGAUCGAGUGGUUGUAUGACGGAAGACAUUAGAAAUCAAGUGAUUACCACAUUUAACGAGAAACGGUAA